AUGGUCAACGUCACCACAGUGACCGGAUUCCUGCUCCUGGGGUUCUCGGAGGUCCGGGAGCUUCAGCUGGUCCACGCUACACUGUUCCUGCUGGUCUUCCUGGUGGCCCUGACAGGGAAUCUUCUCAUUGUCACCGUCACCAUCCUCGACCGGCGCCUCCACACCCCUAUGUACUUCUUCCUCAGGAACCUGUCCCUCAUCGACGUCUGCUACAUCUCCACCACCGUCCCCAAGUCCAUCCUCAACUCCCUCACAAACGUCAACUCCAUCUCCCUGCCGGCUUGCGUUGUCCAGGUCUUUCUUGUGAUUUUCCUGGGGGGAUCGGAGUUGGCCCUUCUCACCGUCAUGUCCCACGACCCUUGUGCCUCCAUGCUGGCCGCCUCCUGGCUCAGCGGCAGUCUGAUCUCCGUGAUGUACACUGCCAGUACUUUCUCCCUGUCCUUCUGCGGCCCCAACGACAUCCACCAGUUCUUCUGUGAGGGACCCCAGUUGCUGAGGCUCACCUGUUCCGCUAGCCACAUCGCCGAACAUGUGAGUUUAACCUUGGCCCUCUGCUUAAGUUUCCUCUGCUUCGUGCUCAUCGUCAUCUUGUAUGUGCGCAUCUUCCGGGCCGUGGUGAGAAUGCCAGCUGCCGAGGGCCGGGCCAAAGCCUUCUCCACCUGCCUACCCCACCUCGUCGUCGUCACGCUUUUCACCUCUUCUGGAUUCUUCGCCUACCUGAAGCCAAUAUCUGACUCCCCCUCGGCACUGGACUUACUGGUGUCUGUGUUCUACGCCGUGGUUCCCCCGACCCUAAACCCCCUCAUCUACAGCCUGAGAAACCGGGAUAUGAAGGCCGCUAUGAACAAACUUCUUGGGCAGGAAAGUUUUGGAAAAGAAAAAUUAUGUCAAGUGAACUUUUCCCCAUCCUAG